AUUAAAUUGGGCAACUAACAUUUGAAGGGUGUACUCUUUCUCAAGUUCAUUGGUAGCAGAAGUUUCUCCAUUCCUCAGCAAGAGCUAUGGAUUCUGGUGGGAAGAAAGACUAGUGAUACUGGUAGUCCAGCCAACGACGAGAGAGAAAAGUUGCACCAACACUGAUUUGACAAUGGGUUCCAUCGCUGCAGCAAAUGCAGAAUUUUGUUUUGAUGUAUUCAAAGAGCUGAAAGUCCACCAUGCCAAUGACAACAUCUUUUAUUCCCCCCUGAGCAUCAUUUCAGCCUUGGCCAUGGUCUAUUUGGGAGCAAGAGGUAACACUCAAUCUCAGAUUGAGAAGGUUCUUCACUUUGAUAACGUUACAGGAGUUGAAGAUUCUGCUGAAUCCCAGUGUGGCACUUCCGAAUACAUCCACAAUUCAUUCAAGGAUCUUCUCUCUGCUGUCACCGUGCCCAAUGCUACGUACUCACUCAAGAUUGCUGACAGACUCUAUAUUGAAAAAACAUACCCUGUUCUUACGGAAUACUUAAAGUGUGCAAUGAAAUUCUACAAAGCAGGGCUGGAAGAAGUUAACUUCAAAACAGCUACAGAGGAAGCAAGACAGCUCAUUAAUUCCUGGGUGGAAAAAGAAACAAAUGGACAGAUCCAAGAUUUCCUUGUGUCAGGCUCUGUUGAUCUCGAUUCUGCACUGGUCCUUGUGAAUGCCAUUUACUUCAAAGGGAUAUGGAAGACAGCAUUUAAAGAAGAACAUACUUGGGAAACACCCUUCAAUGUGACAGAGCAAGAAAGCAGGCCUGUGCAAAUGAUGUGUCAGAACAGUACCUUCAAAGUGGCAGCAGUGGCUGCAGAGGAAAUAAAGAUCCUGGAGCUUCCGUACGCCAGUGGACAGCUGAGCAUGUUGGUGCUGUUACCUGAUGACGUCUCUGGCCUGGAGCAGCUUGAGAACAGAAUCAGCUUUGAAAAACUUACAGAGUGGACCAGUCCUAACGUGAUGGAAACAAAGAGAGUGAAAGUGUACCUCCCGCGCAUGAAGAUUGAGGGAAAAUAUAACCUCACAUCUGUUUUAGUGGCCUUGGGUAUGACUGACCUGUUCAGUCCUUCGGCCAAUCUGUCUGGCAUCUCUUCAGCAGAGAACCUGAAGAUAUCUGAGGCCAUCCAUGAGGCGUACAUGGAAGUCAAUGAAGAGGGCUCUGAGAUGGCUGGCUCAUCUGGUGUGAUGGGAGACAUCAAAUAUUCUUCUGAGUUUGAAGAGUUUAGGGCUGACCACCCAUUCCUUUUCUUGAUCAGACACAAUCCAACAAACUUCAUCCUCUUCUUUGGUAGAUAUUGUUCUCCCUAAGGAGAACAAGAGCUUGAAAUAAUGCUUGCCUUCCUCUCAGCAACAGACCCCCUUUAAUGUAGUAUUGUAGUUUAAUCUCAUCUCUUCAAUAUUUUCUCCAAGUGGAAAGCCUUCAAUAUCUAGGGAGAUAUUCUUGAAGAAGUGUAGGACUUUUCAGAUCUUUGGGUUCAGGUAUUUCUGCUCAAACAACUUGUGUUCAGGACUUAUAACCAGGAUUGAAUGAGAAUUUCAGGAGUUAGUUAAGGAUUCCCAUCAUCAUUGAAUAACUUGAGAGACAGGGCCAGUGUUUUGAUUUUUGUGAGAAAUGCUGCCACUGUUUUUGAGAAUCUGUUUUCUCUGCCGGAUUUCUGUGAAAUAAACACAGCUUUCAGAAUAAUACCAUUCCUUUCUUUUGAACUUGCUGGGCAACCAUCCUUGAAUUGAUGCCUGAACAACUUGCAGAUGAAAUUGUAAACUUCAGCAAAGCAUUCUUCUUCCAGGAAUAAAUUUGGGCUUCUUUGUGAUGCAUGUACUAUGAGGCUGUGUCUCUUGUUCUGAAGGAGCAUACAGAAAGUCUACCAUUAUUGCAUAAAUCAUUAUCUCCAAAUAUGACAUCUUCCUGACUAAUAUAAUUUCCCAUCUUCAUUCCAGUGACAUAUCAUUGAUUUUA